CUCUUCUGACUCCCUCAGUUUCGUUCCUGGAUUAUAGUUGAGUUACCGCGUCUUGCUUGUGCUUGGAACUUACUGGUUACUCUUUCCUCUCAGAACGAUGUGCUCUUUGAGUUUUGCCAGAUCUUUAGGUUUUGCCCUAAUUCCACUGGCCAUCUGCUGCAUUGUGGCCAAUGUGCUGCUAUUUUUCCCCAAUGGAACGGUGUCUUUUGUGCAGAAUGACCAAUUGAGUGCCUACGUGUGGUCCUUCAUGGGAAUAGGAGGUGGUGGCAUCGCAAUAUUCAUAGCUGCGUUCACUUUUUUGUGCAUGGGGAAGUGUGCUGACUCCUGUGGAACAGAGAGCUGUGCUAUGUGUGGCUCUGUGCUAGCGUCUCUCAUUGGACUGGCCGGCUCUGGUUAUUGCUUCAUCAUCUCAGCUAUGGCCAUGUUAGAGGGGCCAUAUUGCCUGAACAGUUUAAAAUGGGGAACUCCUUUCCAGGAUCAUGGGUUACAAUACCUGCUUAACCGUGAAUCCUGGUCUACGUGUGUACAGCCUGCUCACAUUGUUGAGUGGAAUGUGACGCUUCUUUCCAUCCUAUUAGGCCUCAGCCUGAUCGAGUUCCUCAUUUGCUUUGUGCAGUUUAUCAGCGGAUUAGUCAGCGCCAUCUGCAGGCCUUGCUGCUAUAAGCAGCAAUAUAGCCUGAGUGCUUGAAGACACAAUGGACAACUAUCCCAUAUAUCCCUAGUGAACAAACAUUGUAACGAUAGGCUGCUAUUUAAAAAAAAAAAAAAAAAAACAUUCUGAAAAUACCUGACAGACUAAAUCAAUAUAUAUCUGGGAAUUGGGUCAGUGUAGCAUGACGAGCCUUUUCUAGCUUGAACAGGAGCAGCUCUUAUCUGUCUUAUACUAUUCUAACACAAUCAACCACAAUACAGAACCAUUGUAGUAUACUCAGACCUGAUACCUAGAACUAUUUCUAGGUUGAUACCUAGCACUAUUUUUUUUAAAAACAACAACAAAAAAACAAAAACAAACAAACAAACAAACAAACAAACAAACAAAAAAACAGAGGUUUGUAAGUUACAUAACUUUCUGUCCAUGGAAAAAUAUAGAGUAACUGAUAUAUAUUUUUUUCACUUCUUAGAAUUAAUUACUGAGACAAUAUAAUCAAGAUCAUUUUGCUUUUAUGAAAAGACAAAUUAUUUCAAGCGUGCUUUAUAAGUUCUGAUUAUACACUGUAUGGCUUCAUUGUCCAUUUUGUUAAAUGUAUUUCUUGUGUUUUCUGUAUGUUUCAUUUUAAGAAAAUGAUAACUUAUUUCCUAAUUAUUGAUAAACUAUUAUGUUGAUGUUAAAAAAUCUUGACGUUAUGUAUCAUAUAAGCAAAUUUUUAUUGUUUUUUAUAAUGUUUCUUAUGUUUCCUUAAAAAAGAAUAAAUGUUCCAUUUUGGAUGUA